GGGUUCUAUUGAUAUAACCUUGAGAGACUGGGGAAAGUUUUAUCUUUUAAUAAGGGAAUGCCCUCUUAUUGAACUUUGAGAAACAGUUUUUUUCUAAAUAUGUUGAUCUUUUCUAGUUUUGUCAUAUUCUUUUUACUCCAAAUAAUUCACAAGACUCCCUUUGUGCUGCCAGCCCUGCUCCUCCCCCAAAGUAUAUGUGAAUUAUCUAAGUAGAAUUUUGAGUUAUCUUUCUUACUGAGCAAUGGUUUUCAGUGAAGAUAAUUCCUCUGAAGAUACUUGGAAACAGACCGUGUAGGUGUUAAUGUGUAGGGAGCUCACCUAAGUUUGUCAAAGGAAAACACUCAAAGUGAGUCUCACUUGGAAGUGAGAGCUAGAAGGUUAGCUCGAAGUUAGUACUCUUUUAAGUAGAAAUUCUGCUACACAUUUGAGUAGAAAUUUUAAGCACUGAGAGUGAAAAUCUAUUGGUAUAAUACUUGAUCACAGCAUGUGUUCAUCAACAGUUAUUUGUUUGAAGGAAUGAAAGGUGUUAGAGGCAUUAAAAUUAGGUUUCUAAGAACAAUCAAUCCAUAACCUAUAAAUCUAGGGCUGUAUGAUGACAUGAGAUUGCUUUUCAUUCUGGUAUUCAUUGUUCAUCAGAUCAGCACACUACUCUCUGGUUUAGCCUUUUGUAAAUCUGGUGUGCUCUCAGGUGGAGCUGUGGCGUACUGAAGUAAACAUGGGCUCCGGAAUGGCUCCCUGCUCUCAUUCCACUCCACCACUAAUUGUGUGAACUUGAACAGGUUAGGGAACCUCUCUGUUCCUUGGUUUCCUAGUGUGAAAUAAUGCCUACUUUGAAAGCCUGUUGAGGAUGAAAUGAGACAUGUCAAAGUGCCUAAUACAUUGUCGGCUUCAUAGUAGGUACUCAGAAAAUCCUGGUGGUGGUGUUUUCCCUUUAACAGAUGGGGGAUUACAUUUACAUACUGAUAAACUUUGAUUGCGACCUGACUCUUUAUGUGUCCAUUCUUCCUAGGUAUUGUGAAUAAGGAAAAUGCUCUUCGUUAAGCCAUAUUUGUGACUUCCGAUAACUCACUAAUACUUUUCCAUCAAGAGAACAGCCUUCUAACUUGCCUGUCACUUUAAAGUGGCAUUUGAAGGAUUUGUGUGACACAAUUAUGACUUUUUAAUUAGGCACCCUAAAAACCUGAUCAGGCCUAUUGCUUACUUUCUUUGAUUCAUCUGUCUUCUCUGCUGUGAUCACCUUGUUCCUCCUGACAUGGAAGGCACAAUACAACGACAUUGGGAAUAUAUAUGUAACCAUAACAAAGACAAGAUGAAGAUCCUAGGAGACAAAAAUGUUGACCCCAAAUGUGAAGACAGUGAUAACAAGUUUGACUUUUCUGUGAUGUCCUAUAAUAUACUUUCACAAGAUUUAUUGGAAGACAAUUCACACCUGUAUAGACACUGCCGGCGGCCAGUUUUACACUGGAGUUUUAGGUUUCCCAAUAUUCUGAAAGAAAUUAAACACUUUGAUGCAGAUGUACUUUGUUUGCAAGAAGUUCAAGAAGAUCAUUAUGGAGCAGAGAUCAGGCCAAGUUUGGAAUCUUUGGGUUAUCACUGUGAAUACAAGAUGCGGACGGGAAGGAAACCUGAUGGCUGUGCCAUUUGCUUCAAACAUUCCAAGUUUUCACUCUUAUCAGUGAACCCAGUGGAAUUCUACCGCCGUGACGUUCCUCUGUUGGACAGAGACAAUGUUGGAUUAGUGUUACUCUUGCAGCCCAAAAUUCCGAGUGCUGCCUCUCCUGUGAUCUGUGUAGCUAACACACAUCUGUUGUAUAACCCAAGGCGAGGCGAUAUUAAGCUGACCCAAUUGGCAAUGCUUCUGGCAGAGAUUUCCAGUGUUGCCCAUCAGAAAGAUGGCAGCUUCUGCCCUAUCGUUAUGUGUGGUGACUUUAAUUCUGUUCCUGGUUCUCCACUCUAUAGUUUUAUAAAGGAAGGAAAAUUGAAUUAUGAAGGACUUGCCAUCGGCAAGGUAUCUGGCCAGGAACAGUCUUCACGGGGACAAAGAAUUUUAUCUAUUCCAAUUUGGCCCCCAAACCUAGGUAUCUCACAGAACUGUGUGUAUGAGGUACAGCAGUUACCAAAAGUAGAAAAGACAGACAGUGAUCUGACACAGACAGAGCUGGACAAAACAGAGGUCCUAGUGACAGCUGAAAAAUUAUCUUCAAAUUUACAGCACCAUUUCAGCUUGUCAUCUGUUUAUUCACAUUAUUUUCCUGACACUGGAAUUCCAGAAGUGACCACUUGUCAUUCCCGAAGUGCCAUAACUGUGGAUUAUAUUUUCUAUUCUGCUGAAAAGGAAGAUGUUGCCAGGCAGCCAGGAGCUGAAGUGGCUCUGGUUGGCGGCUUGAAACUUCUGGCCAGACUAUCACUCCUUACGGAACAAGACUUAUGGACUGUUAACGGACUUCCAAAUGAAAAUAAUUCUUCAGAUCAUCUACCUUUAUUGGCUAAGUUCAGACUUGAGCUGUGACUCUUCUUGAUUACAUACAUACUUUUCUUUCCAAUUUAUAUUCUUUUUCAAAAAAUGUAAAAUAUUUCUUGAGAGUUUGCAUGUUUAUUUUUGCACCAUGGAGUUUCUGAAGAGGUUAUGUUAAAUGCUUGAGACAGAUCAGAAGAAACAAGUUUACAACAAUUUUCUUUGUAAUACUGAAAAAAUAUUUUCCUGACAAGUGAGGUCUAAACGCUCCUUAUUGUAAAAGAGUUGUAAAUAUUUUUUAUUCUACAUCUCAGUAAAUUGACAGUGAUUUUUAAAUAUAGUGCAUCCUCUUUAGUUAGUAAAGAAUUUCAGUUGAUAUUUUUGGCAAGCUUUACGGUGGAUCCAAAGUAUCUUUGAGUUCUUGAAAACCACAGCUCGUUUCCCGUCCAGAAGGCCUGAUUUCAUUGUGAGGACCAUCUGUUUGUUGAGUCCUAAUUAGUUCAUAUCAGAAAUCGCUCACAAGUGUCCAACCAUUUUAGUUUGGUUUUGAGAGGGUUUGAUAAUGCUUUCUAAAAUUGUACAGAUUGCUUAAUCCAUCUUAUUACUCUCCUGAGCCGUGUGCUAUGUCUGCAUUUUGUUGGGAGAUGUAGGUCACUGGAACUAGUAGGUGAGGCGCUUUCCACAUGCCCUCUUUCCACCCUGUGACAGACAGACCAUUCCGGCAUGCCUGAGAGAGGCAGAGACUAGGUUAGAACGCCUUUGUUUCCCUUCCAGUUUGUUUCUUUUUUCUCUUCAGUUUCAAGAAGAGAUCCCUGGAUUGGGGGAGAGACUUUAUUUUUCUUAACCAGUUCUGGGGAAAUUUAUUUUAUUAGGAAUCUUGUCUUUAGAAGAAAGUGGCAGCUAUAAGAUUCUUUUGGUUUUGCCUCAGAUCUUUAGGAAGCCCAGAGAACUAGUGGGGAGAUACCCACUUGGAGACCUAAUACUCUUAAGUAGUAAUUUUAACCGUCUUAGUGGUUUUGUUUCUAAGAUGUUACUGUUUUCUUUUAUAAUGAGGCAGCAGUGUGGGGGAUGCUGACAUUUUUUGGUAAAGUGGUUAAGAGCAGGUCUAGCGAGUCCCAUAGUUGGCGCUCUGUGAGUAUUUGGAUCAAACAUUUUAAAACAGAAAAAGUGAACAUGUCCUCUUUUUUAGACAUUAGGAUCAAAGAAUUAUGUGCAUUUUUACUAAGUAAUUUUAUAUACAAUUAUGCUGAAUUAUAGAAGUUUUUACAACAGGUGUUCUUCAGAGAACGCCUUGUCUUAAAUUAGAAAGCAGUUGUUACUCCAGGUCCUGGACUUUAAAGGUUUUUGUACUAAAGUAUAUUUACUACAGUUAUUUUUUAAGAAAAGAAAUCAAAUGACUACCUGAACAAGGCAUGUGGGUUAUAAGGAUUUACCUACUAAAAAUCACAAUAAGCAAGUAUUUUUAAAUGUUUAAUUUCUCACUUUUUUGGGUUUUUACUUACAGUAUUAGCUGUAGCUCUAAGAUUUUCCACAUUUUCUAGUAACAGUUUGCAGAAUAUUGUAUGUUCUAAUUAGCAGAUAUUGUCAUCAUCAAAUAAUAGUAUCAUUAAUCCCUUUUAAUACUGGGGAGAGAAAAAUGAAAGUUCAUUAAUUACUGCUUUGUGUUAUGUGAGUUUAUUAACAUAACUUUGUGUAUAGGUCAUUGUUGCUAAACUAACAUCUCUGAAAAUGUCUGUGAAAAUUUGAUUUUUUUAUGUCCUGAUCAAAAUAUUGAUUUUAGGCCCUUUUCAUGUGCUUGACUUUGUAGAGUUAAUCCAUAAAAAUGCUUUCCACUGUAGCCUUUAGAACGUAAUAGUAUUUUGUGAACUGGAGGCCAAAGGGUCAAUAUAACAACCUUCUCACACGUUUUUAAAGCUCCACUAAAAUUAACUAUCCACUUGUCUUUACUCUUUUUGGUCAGAAGAAUUGAUAACUUUGUUGGACCCUUGUAUUUACCUGCCAAAAGCAUUUAAAUCUGGUUAAUUGCUGAAGCCAAAUCACCCCCAGUCUGAAGUGCUGUACUGGCCAAGUUUUAAAAUGGAAAGAGACACUGUGGAGUAAGAAAUGUUGGUUUUACUAUACCUUUUGAGAUCAAGAUAAUAUGCAUGUUUGAAAUCUUGUCCGUUUGUGCGGGGGGGGGGGGGGGGGGGGGGGGGGGGGGGGGGGGGGAUUUAGCAACUGUCUGCUUUUAACCCUUUGCUUUCCUAAAAAACCAAGUUAGAGAUCCAGAGAAUUCAAGGGGUUGGGGAAACAGAGAAGUCAAGUUAUUUGCACUUUGUCUCUUUGAAUCACCUAAUAAAUUAUUACUCUGGUGCACCUGCGCCUGGAGAUUUUGUGGUAGGUGUGCUAAGUGUGUACUCUGGGCUGUUGCCCCUUCUAAGCUAUUUCAUUACCCUAAGCCUGUAUUACUUAGGGUGAUGCUAAAAUGUAAGUGAAUUCAGAUGUGGCAAAACAGAAUAGUGUUGAAUAUAGAGUCUGAAUUGUGGAAGAAGACAAGGAUGAGGGAAUGAUAAAUGCAUUUACUAGGACAAGUAUGUAGUAAAAGGGCAAGAAAAAAAUAAAUCACACCGUCUUACAUUUUUGGAAGAAAAACAAUCCUUAAGUUUCCAGGAUGGUUUUAUUAAAGUCCCAUGCUGUGUAUAAACAUACAAGUGAUGAGAAAAACAUUAACUUGAAACAUGCACUUAUCUGGCAUUCUCUAAAAUACCAUUAUACAAGUUUUCCUUUACUUAGAAAAAUACCCACUAAAACAAUCACAGUUUUCCUUAAAGAUUUAAAAAAAAUGUGUUGGCCAGAACAAAGUCCAAGAGAAUAAACAAGAUUCUGAAUUGUGUGUCAAAAAAACUGUACAAGGUUGUACAUAAAACUAUAGCUUACAAAAUCCUCGGGUAUAGUAAGAAUACAGAAGUAAGAUUUCCAAAGUUCUAUUUACCAAUAUCUAUUAAUAAAAUCCUUAUGAAAUAAUUGACUUAGAAAAAGUGAAAUGCUCAUGAUUUCAAAGUGUAUAGAAAAUACUAAAUAUCACUUUCUGAAAUAAAGUGUACUCAAAACAGCA